UGCGAAGGAGUAUACGUGGUGUUUACGAGACGGUUGCCGGUACCUCAGAUUAGAACUACCAGCUGGCGGACAGCAAACAUAUAAAGUGCCGGCAUUUUGCGAAACUUGCAGACCAUUUCAGCACAUCUCAACACGCACCACAGCAGCAGCCCACAAACCCCAUUGUCCACCGCCAGCCUCGAGGACUAAAUCCCAGCCAAGAUGCUCUCCUCCGCCAUCCUCCUCCUCGCCGGCACGGCCGCAGCUGCCGUCGCUCCCCGUGCCGACUGCCGCACCACAAAGGUCCAGUCGGGCGACAGCUGCGGCACGCUCGCCGCGCGCUGCGGCAUCAGCGGCAACGACUUCACCCAGUACAACUCGUUCACCCCGAACCUGUGCUCGACCCUCGUCCCCGGCCAGAUCGUGUGCUGCUCCUCGGGGUCCCUCCCGGACACCCGCCCCAAGCCCAACCCGGACGGCACCUGCGCGUCCUACGAGCUGCAGAGCGGCGACUACUGCGCCCUCAUCGCCGGCAACUCCGGCAUCAGCGUCUCCGACCUCGAGCGCUUCAACGAGGGCAAGAGCUGGGGCUGGAAGGGCUGCAGCUACCUCCUCGUCGGGCAGCGCGUCUGUCUCAGCGACGGCAAGCCGCCGCUCCCCGCGCCCAACCCCAACGCCAUCUGCGGCCCGACCGUGCCGGGCACCGAGUACCCCCAGAACGGACAGUCGUUCAAGGACCUCAACCCUUGCGAUGCGCCCGAGGACUGCUGCUCCCAGUGGGGCCAGUGUGGCAGCACCGAGGAGCACUGCGCUCCUUUCUGAGAGCUGUCUGGAAUACUGUCUUGUCAUGAUCCAGCUGAUCAAAGUGUCAGCCCCUUGGCGGUGUAGGAAAGUGACGAGUGUAGGCAGCGACAUGUGAGAGUGUUCUCUGCAUCAUGGCAAUGUUUAAGGACGUGGAGGGGUUUAAAAAUUGUACAUACUUUAUAUUCUAUCACCUC